CUAGAGUGGGGGGCGAUGUUGAAAGGGCGAUUCAACAACGAUCGAUAGAGAGAGUUAAAACGGGAUGGAUGACGACUGUGGCUACGCGAGGAUCCAACGCUCGUUGGGCGAUGAGGUUUCCCUAACCGGUUCCAAAGUGUUGGGAGAUCAAGUGAAGGGGGUUUCGUCACGCAUCAAGAGGUAGACGGACACAAAUUGGCCGGCGUCGAUGAGAGACAUGCGAUGUAUGGGAGUUGAUUUUGGGCGUCAUCAAGAGGGACGACAUCAUCGUUGAAGGACUGGUCAUCUCCUCCACGAUGGUGGAUAGUGUCGUUGCUCGGUUGGAAAUUGCGGCAAACAUAUUUGGAAAUCGACGGAUGACAGAGAUGGAACAUGAAAAUUCCGUUCUGGAGGUGGGUUGAGGCUCGACUACAACAAUGGAGGAACGGAAGAUGCGAAGAGCGGCAAAGUUACUCAGUCGCGAAGACUUGCUCAAUAUGGAUUAUCUUUCUAAUCUUGAAAAUGAGAAAGAUAAUAGGGAUAUUUCUUUGCUCAAUGAGGAUGUUCAAGUGGGAGCCAUAGCAAUUAAAGACAAGAAAGAUUAUAUUUUAGAGAAAUACAAUGCUGAUUAUGUUAUUGGCACGAUCAAUGUGGAAAUUCCUCUCCAGGCUUUCUUCCAUUAUCAAGAUAAUGUUAUACUCGAGGGUGAGUCUCAUUUUGAAUGUGGUGACACUUCAGAUUCUUCAGGUGAUGAUUUAGAUAGGGAACUUCUCAAUCAUCUUAGUGACUCUAACUGGAAGACAAGAUCUCAACUUAGAAGAAAUGCUCAUAUUCAAGAGAAAAUGGAGAGUUUGUUAGACUGAGCUUUAUGGGUACAAGGUUUAAUCGGGCAACCAGAUAUUCCAAAAGAUCUGUGAUUUGUGUGAGGUUAUUGGGAAUUAGAGAAUAAGGGUUUGGGUGUAUUUGAUGAACUGCAAUUUACUUUUGGGGUUGCUGAUGACAAUUUCUCCUUCGGGUGCUCGCUGCGAAUUGUUACUCUCAUUAGAUUUUGCAUUCAUUAGCUUUGUUCUCCUUUAAUUUUCAUUGUUCUUUAGAUUACUUCCUUCAUUAGC